CCCCGCCCCGCCCUACCCAGCGCCUGCGAUCCAGGCGCGCCUUCGCCGGGAGGGUAGAUUGGGUUCUGCAGCCUGGGCGGCCUGAGCGACCCGGUAGGAUCCUUCCUGCGGGCGGUGGGGAGCGUUCCUCGGACUAACCUCCGUGUCGUCGCUGCCGGGGUCGGCGCUGACGAUGGAGCGUGAGUCGGGAUGCGCGGCGGCGGGAGAGACCGAGGCAGCGGCCGCCACGGCGUUCGGAGACGCGACACGGCAGAUAAGUAAUGAAAGAGGAUUUGAGAACGUAGAACUGGGUGUCAUCGGGAAGAAGAAGAAAGUCCCGAGGAGGGUCAUCCACUUCGUCAGCGGAGAGACGAUGGAGGAGUACAGCACUGACGAGGACGAGGUGGACGGCCUGGACAAGAAGGACGUGCUGCCCACUGUCGACCCGACAAAACUUACCUGGGGCCCCUACCUAUGGUUUUACAUGCUGCGGGCCGCCACAUCAACCCUCUCAGUGUGUGACUUUCUUGGAGAGAAGAUUGCAUCAGUUUUGGGCAUCAGCACCCCAAAAUACCAGUACGCCAUUGAUGAGUAUUACCGGAUGAAGAAGGAGGAGGAGGAGGAGGAAGAAGAAAAUAGGAUGUCAGAAGAAGCAGAAAGACAAUACCAACAAAACAAGCUGCAGGCCGAUUCCAUUGUACAGACAGACCAACCAGAAACAGUGUCGUCCAGCUUUGUGAAUAUUAAUUUUGAAAUGGAGGAAGACUGUGAAGCAAUUAAGGAAAACAAACAGCGUCCAGUCUCUGUCCCACCAUAGAACGAAAUGACUGUAUAUAAAGUGUUACACCCCAAACUUCUCCAGUCAGGAGCUUUUUAUGUUUUUAGUGGGACUUAAAACAACUGUUUAUAUUUUAAAUUAUUACAGGAAACCUUCCUUCCUUCUUAUGCUGUAUCUAUUACAGUGAGGUCUGACGUUGGGGUGCUUUUGAGUUAGUGACCCCCCAAUGCUGAGGGGCAAACCCAGGGCUCCUUUCACAGACACUCACCAGCCACGCCCUCGAUCCUAAGCCCAGGGCUGUGAUUUUAAGACCAUCUUUUAUAAAACACAAAGGACAUUUAGCCAAGCACGGUACUACAUGCCUUUAAUCUUAGCACCAGGUGAGUUUACAGCCACCCUGGUCAACAUAGUGAGCUCCAGCCUAGCCACAUGGUGACACCUGGCCUUAAAAACAGAAACUGAAGGCAUUCUACAUUAAGAGAGUGAAGUAAUUCAUUAAGAUUUUUGGUUUGGGGGCAUUCGGAGUUGUUUUUGUUUUCUAAAGUAUUGACUAAUCAUUAAUAAUCCUACAGCCUCAGUAUAAAGUACCCCUAGAGUUUACACAAGGAGGGUUCAGAAUGUAUAAUAAAAGGAGCAAGAUGGAA